AAUUCCUUGUUGAAGCUUACUCGUAAAAUUUGCGAAUUCUAUUUGUCUGAAAAAAAAACCCAAGUGAACAGAAAGGAGCAUAAAAGUAGGCAACAAAAUUCUACAAGUACUAAGCAUUUCAAUUAAGAUUUAAAUUUGCUUCGCUUGUCAUAAAUCUGUGGUCUGGCUGGUAGUCUGGGCCCUGCCAUAAAAGCAACGAGACAAAGGAAAACAUCAAGUUGAAUAAAGAAAAACACGGAAUAAAUAGCAGAGAAAAAAUGUCAGAAAUUAAUGCAGCAAAACAGGCAAUUUCUGCAGUUAAAACAACAGCUGAAAUCGCUGAGGCGAUGUCGGCUAAUGCGGCCCCAACUCUGGGCCAGACCACAUCAAGAACGACAACAACAACGGGAACACCACGACAAAGAACUUUGAUGCGUGCUGCGGAAAUGGAUGCCGAUACCGAUGCUGAACCAGACGACAUGGAUGAUGGAGUUGUUGUUGCUGCUACUGCGGCGGCUGCUGAUGCUGCUGUUGCCGAUGACGAUGAUGCGGAUGAUGCGGCAGACAGCAUUACGUUGGAGCUGGCAUUGUCGCCAAACACGCCCACACCGCCACCCAUCACUGCCGACGAGGAUCUGGCCGAGCUGGACAACAGCAAGCCUUUCAAGGUCAAGGAUAUCACACGUAACAUACGCAAGGCCGUCGUUGCCACAACAUUGGCCGAGCUGCGCCUCAAGGUGGCCGCAAAGUUUCAAAGGGCUCAGCCGGCGAUUCAUUUGGAUUGCGAUGGCACCGAAAUUGAUGAUGAGGAGUAUUUUUCCACACUGGAGGCGAAUGCGGAGUUGAUUGCUGUAUUUCCCGGCGAGCAGUGGCGAGAUCCUAGCGACUACAAUGCGAACUUGCGUCGCCCCUCACUGGAUGCCCAGCGCCUACGCAAAUUGGUGGGCAAGCUGCAGCAGAAUCUGAUCAACGAUGCCGACCUGGACAAGUUGUCGAACAUGGAUCCCAACUCGCUGGCAGACAUCACAGGACGCGAGCUGAAGGACAGCGACUACUGUGUGCAGAGCGAGGCAGCGCGACGAUCCACGGAGUUGUCCUGCUAAGGGACUUGAUCAAUUUGUUUGCACUUAGCCGUGUUCUUAGCAUCUUUGUGUCUACACCCAGAAACACCUACCUAGUAAAAUUCCUACACCUACGUAUAUGGGGGAUAUAGCACAGUGAACCGUCGCUUAUGAUAGAUUUGUAAGGAGAUUUGUAAGAGUUUUGUAUGUCAAGCCGAGAGAGAUUUCGGGUAUUUUUGGAGCAUGUUUUGAUAGCACUUAUUAUGAGGGGGGCGACGAUAUGGGCAGUUGAUCCGUAGUUUAUAGGCAUGUAUUAUAUGUACUCUCUAGUUGUAUAGCACUUUCGAACACACACCCACAUCUACAAUAUAUGUACGAGAUAAUAAUAUUUUUGGAAACUUACCUUUGCCACAGGUGUGAGUACGUGCGAAUAAUUAAACUAGCCUGUUCCUAGACCAAUAUGCAACAGAUAUAGACCAAAGUGCAAUCUAGUCUACCCAAACCAAUUUACUUCAAUUAAAGUGUAGUUGCUUCAAGCAAUCGCAGCUGUGUGAGUAUAUAAGCGUGUAUGUGUGUGUGUAUGUGUGAGUACAAUCUAAACAAUAAACACGUGUGCCAGAUCUCUAUAGAAAAUCUCAAUAAAUAUUUAUAUAUAUUUGAUGUCUGUGCAAACUUGGUGUAUUUGUAUUUCCAACGUAGUAUAUAUACAUAUAUAAAAUUUGUCUGUAAAUUUAGCACACAGCAUUUCGGUUAAUAGGGAGCAAUUUGAUAUUUGAAAUAAAAGAAAAUUGCACGCAAUUUAAUUAAAAUUCAAAAUAAAUCGUAGCGCA